AUGGAUUCAAUUGGUGACGCAGGCGCCAAGCGCAAGCGCAGCUCGAUCGCCGCACCCGCCGAGCGGCCCACCAAGCACCUCCGUCCCGAGACCAGCACGUUAACGCCGGGUGACUCCACGCCUGCAAACGGAACCGUUUAUAGUGUGGAGGAAGAGGAGGAUGCUGGUCGAGUAUUGCCCCUGGGGGCUGCACAGGCGGAUUCGCCUGAAUGGCAAGCUACCAUUGAGGAGGUCGUGAAAAGCGUCGUCUCCAUCCACUUCUGCCAAACUUGCUCUUUCGAUACGGAACUAUCAAUGAGUAGUCAGGCAACUGGGUUUGUGGUUGAUGCUGAGCGGGGAUAUAUAUUGACCAACCGUCAUGUGGUGUGUCCGGGACCCUUCUGGGGAUACUGUAUUUUUGACAACCACGAAGAAUGUGAUGUUCGUCCUAUCUAUCGAGAUCCUGUGCACGACUUUGGAAUAUUACAGUUCGACCCCAAAGCGAUCCGUUACAUGAAGUUGAAGGAAUUGAAGUUGCAUCCGGACGCAGCAAAGGUGGGGUCGGAGAUUCGUGUCGUGGGUAAUGAUGCCGGAGAAAAGCUCAGUAUCUUGUCCGGCGUCAUCAGUCGGUUGGAUCGAAACGCUCCCGAAUAUGGCGAGGGAUACAGCGAUUUCAAUACCAACUACAUUCAGGCCGCCGCGGCAGCAAGUGGUGGCAGUUCCGGCAGUCCUGUCGUCAACAUUGACGGCCAUGCGAUUGCUCUGCAGGCGGGCGGUCGUGCGGACGGCGCGGCCACAGAUUACUUCCUCCCGCUGGACCGGCCGCUGCGUGCGCUGGAAUGCAUCCGCCAAGGUCAGCCUGUCACGCGAGGAACCAUUCAAACGCAAUGGAUUCUCAAGCCAUUCGAUGAGUGUCGUCGAUUGGGUCUGACGCCCGAGUGGGAAGCCACUGUGCGCAAGGCCGCUCCCACGGAGACCAGCAUGCUGGUCGCAGAGAUCAUUUUGCCGGAGGGUCCGGCAGAUGGAAAGCUCGAGGAGGGUGACGUGCUACUCAAGGUCAACGGGGAACUGCUCACUCAGUUCAUCCGCUUGGACGACAUUCUAGACUCGAGCGUCGGGCAGACCGUGCGUCUGCUCGUGCAAAGAGGCGGUCAGGAUGUAGAGGUGGAGUGCCAGGUUGGCGACCUGCAUGCCAUUACGCCCGACCGCUUUGUCACCGUAGCGGGGGGCACGUUUCAUGACUUGUCCUAUCAGCAGGCUCGUUUGUAUGCCAUUGCUACCCGCGGCGUGUAUGUCUGCGAGGCCGCCGGCUCCUUCAAGCUGGAGAACACCCUGUCCGGGUGGCUGAUCGACUCCGUGGACAAGCGGCCAACGCGGACCCUGGAAGAGUUCGUGGAGGUGAUGAAGACGAUCCCCGAUCGCUCGAGAGUGGUUAUCUCGUAUCGCCACAUUCGUGACCUCCACACGCGUGGUACCAGCAUUGUCUAUAUCGAUCGGCACUGGCACCCUAAGAUGCGACUGGCCGUGCGAAAUGAUACCACUGGACUCUGGGACUUCUCUGACCUCGCAGACCCCGUUCCCGCUUUGCCGCCUGUGCCGAGGAAAGCCGAUUUUAUCCAGCUUGAUGGUGUGAGUCAGCCUGCUGCCGCAGAUAUUGUGCGCAGCUUCGUGCGCGUUUCGUGUACGAUGCCGCUCAAGUUGGACGGCUAUCCUCAGGCUAAGAAGACGGGAUUUGGCCUGGUGGUUGACGCGCAGAAGGGUCUGGUUGUGGUCUCGCGCGCCAUUGUUCCAUACGACCUCUGCGACAUCAACGUCACCGUGGCCGAUUCGAUCAUCGUGACCGCCAAGGUGGUCUUCUUGCAUCCUCUUCAGAACUACAGCAUCAUACAGUACGACCCUAGCUUGGUCCAGGCUCCGGUACAGAGCGCCAAGCUUAGCACCGAGUACAUUAAGCAGGGUCAGGAUACCAUCUUCGUCGGCUUCAACCAGAACUUCCGUAUUGUGGUGGCCAAGACCGCCGUCACCGACAUCACAACCGUAUCCAUUCCGGCCAAUGCCUCGGCCCCGCGCUACCGUGCGAUUAACCUCGAUGCCAUUACUGUAGAUACUGGUCUUAGCGGACAAUGCUCCAACGGUGUGCUGGUUGGAGAGGAUGGAACGGUGCACGCGCUUUGGCUGAACUACCUUGGCGAGCGCACGGCGAAUUCGCACAAAGAUGUUGAGUACCAUCUGGGCUUCGCGACGCCGUCUCUCCUCCCCGUCCUGUCCAAGGUCCAGCAAGGCGAAAUGCCCACGUUGCGGAUUCUCAACAUGGAGAGUUACGUGGUGCAGAUGAGCCAGGCCCGCAUCAUGGGCGUGUCCGAGGAGUGGAUCGAGAAAGUGACGCAAGCGAAUCCGGCCCGGCAUCAGCUGUUUAUGGUCCGCAAAGUCGACUGUCACCCUCCGGGCUUCGCCUCCUCGGGCCUGGAUAGCUUCGAGGAGGGCGACAUCAUCCUCACGCUAGACGGGCAGCUGAUUACCCGCGUCUCGGAGCUUGACAUCAUGUACGAGAAAGAGUCCUUGGAAGCGCUCAUCGUGCGCAACGGCCAGGAGAUGCGCAUCCAAGUUCCCACGGUGCCGACAGAGGAUCUGGAGACCGACCGCGCGGUGGUCUUCUGUGGCGCUGUCCUACAAAAGCCCCAUCAUGCGGUCCGGCAGCAAAUCUCCAAACUCCAUAGCGAAGUCUACGUCAGCGCUAGGAGCCGCGGUUCGCCUUCCUACCAAUACGGCCUCUCGCCCACGAACUUUAUUACUGCCGUCAACGGCACCCCGACUCCGAACCUCGAUCGCUUCGUUGAAGAGGUCCGCAAAAUCCCAGACAACACCUACUUCCGUCUCCGGGCCGUGACCUUUGACAACGUGCCGUGGGUGGUGACCAUGAAGAAGAACGAUCACUACUUCCCCAUGUCCGAAUAUCUGAAGGACCCCUCCGCCCCCCAGGGCUGGCGCACCGUCGCCCACGAUAAGGACAAACAUCGCGACGGCGCUGCGCCGGAUGCAGCGAACCUGAACCCCGACGCCAUGGACGAGGGAUUUGACGGCGUCACUGAUGUCGAGCCGGAGGCUAAAUAG